GUAAGCAAACAGACAAAACCCAAAAUAAAAUAUACUUAAUUAGUUGGAAAUUAACUUAGUCAACUUGGAACUGAGAAAAUUGCUAAUUAAACUAAGCCCACAUAUUUAUUAUCUUGUUCAUGGCAUCUAUUUUUAGUAAGUCAUCAUUGAACAAAAAAGAUGCUUUCCUACAGGACACAAGAUACUCAUCAUAAUAAAACAUCUACCAUUUAAGAGAGAGAGAGAGAGAGAGAGAGAGAGAGAGAGAGAGAGAGAGAGAGAGAGAUGUCAAGCCUUAGCUAUGCAAUUCAAGUGAGUUGCACCACAGGAAAGCCUUCUUUUUCGCCGAAAAUCGACAAUAGUUCCGGUGCGGCUUCACUCUCGUCUUCUCUAAGUUUUAAGACAUUCUUGAAAGAGGUGCAGAAGAAUCCCAUUUUACACCAUGUUCCUAACAAAAUCAAGGAAGCCUCGGUGAGAUUGUUGGAUGCCUUUGUCGAUUCGGCGUUCGAGUUUUCCGAUCAGCCUUUGCUCCCGUCUCAGAGUAAUUUUGCUCCGGUGGAAGAGAUCGGAAAGGCUGUUCAGGUGACCGGCUCCGUUACCGGGAGAAUACCGGAUGAUUUUCCGGCGGGGGUUUACAUCAGAAACGGACCGAACCCGUUAUUCGGUGGUUUUAAAUCGACAAAGUCAAUAUUCGGAAAAUCGAGCCAUUCUUGGAUAGAAGGAGAAGGCAUGCUACAUGCUUUAUACUUCUUUAAAGACAGCAAAGGCAAAUGGAAGAUUUCUUACAACAACAGACACGUCGAAACGGACACGUACAAACUUGAACGGGAAAGGGCGAAACCGUCAUUUCUCCCUGCUAUAGAAGGCGAUUCUCUCGCUGUUUUGUUAGCUUAUCUACUUAACUCGUUAAGGUUUGGUGAAGUGAAUAAAUUCCUAAGCAACACAAACAUUUUCGAGCAUUCUGGGAAGCUGUACUCGAUUGCCGAGAACCAUAUACCUCAAGAAAUCGACAUUCUUACAUUAGAAACUCGACGAAAUUGGGAUAUCGAAGGAUCUUGGAUUAGGCCGUUUACUAGCCAUCCCAAGAAAGCUCCAGAUACAGGGGAGCUUGUGAUUAUGGGAAUUCAUCCACAAAAACCUUACUUUGAGCUAGGAGUAAUCUCGGCUGAUGGAAAAAAAUUACUUCAUAAAGUGGAUCUCAAAUUGAGCAGAUGUUGCCUUUGUCAUGAAAUAGGUGUUACGAAAAGGUACAAUGUGAUUAUGGACUUUCCUCUGACCUUGGACAUAAAUCGGCUCGUAAAUGGAGGACCGCUGAUAAAAUACAACAAAGAAGAAUACGCCAGAAUCGGAAUAAUGCCUCGUUACGGAGAUGCGGAUUCUGUCAAGUGGUUUUACGUCGAACCAAGCUGCACAUUUCACAUUAUCAAUUGUUACGAGCUUGGCGAUGAGGUAGUCGUAUUGGCGUGUCGAGCUCGUAAUUCAAUUAUACCAGGGCCUGACUUCGGUUCGAACAAAUUCGAGUGGUUCUCCAAAGGGUUCGAUGAAAAAUCAGAAAACGUUUCGUUUUUCUCGCGUGCUUAUGAGUGGAGACUGAAUAUGCACACCGGACAAGUGGCAGAGAAGAAUCUCACCGGAGAUGACUACUCCAUGGAUUUUCCGAUGAUCAACGAAAACUACAUUGGCGGCAAAAAUAAGUUUGCGUACACACAAGUUAUCGACUCAAACGCAAGCUCCAAAUCAGGCAUGGCAAAAUACGGAGGGCUAGCAAAGCUUUAUUUCGAAGAGACGACAAAAGUUGACUAUCACGAGUUUCCGGAGAAUACCUACUGCUCGGGGGCUGCUUAUGUGGCGAAAUCUGGCGAAGAUGCUGACGAGGACGACGGUUGGAUUAUUACGUACGUGCAUAACGAAGACACUAACACAUCUCAAGUAUAUAUAGUUGAUGCAAAGAAUUUCACAAGUGAACCAGUUGCAAUAGUUACUCUUCCAAGCAGAGUUCCUUAUGGAUUUCAUGGAGCUUUUGUGACACUAUAAUUAUAUAUAAUUUAAUAUAAGAAAUGCAAUUUAAUUAAUUAAAAAUCUAUUGCAAAUCAAUUAUACUAAUGAGAAAAGGAAAAAAAAAAACAUUGCAAACCAAAGAUAGCUAAUGAUAAAUAUUCCACUA